CAAGGAAUGCUAUGAAAUUUCAGCACACUGUUUGUUACACUGUAUUAAGUGUACCUAUUGUCUACGCUAUCGCAGUUCUCUGGGGUGCACCACUUUUAAGUCAUUUUGGAGCUACCUUUUUUUUUUCUUGUGUGUUUACUUUGGUGGUUGUUUUACCUUUACUGUCAGUUGCAGAAAACGUUGAACAUUUGGAUACAAUUUUAUUUGAAAAAAGGCAUUUGUCAUUUAAGUGCUCGCUCGCUCGUCGCAUAUCUGUAGGUGGUAUUUGGGGUGCUUGGUUCGGUGCUUUCGUGAUUCCUCUUGAUUGGGAUCGUUGGUGGCAACGUUGGCCAAUUCCAUGCGUUUUUGGUUCAUUGCUGGGUGCUUCUAUUGGGCUUCUAUUUACCGCUUGUAUGAUUCUUUUUUUGCAUCGAAAGCCACAAAAAUCGGAGAAAAUAAUAUAUGAAACCGGAAUGUACUCUGCAACUAGUACUUAUUCUCAACUUGUUGAUGUACCUAAACUUAAAGCAAUAAUUUUUGCUGAAUUUGAUGCAGACAAAGGUCCCGUAAUCAAAAUACAGGUACCUAAUUUUCUUUUUGAUACUAAGACGUUUGAUACAUUUUCAAAUGCAGUUAUCCCUAAGCCAGAGCUCUUUCAUCGUUUAAUCAAAGUAAAUCAUGUUGAAAACAGUGAUGGAAAAGUGUACAAAGUAAUGGGACAUCCUGUUGGUAUUGAGUCUGAUAUAUAUGCUCGCGGAAGGUAUAUAUUUAAUGUUUGUUUCGUGGUUGAUAAAAGCAGCCAUAUUGACUAUAUAUACGAACCGAUGGUGCAGAAAUGUGCAGCUUAUCUUACACAAAUGGAAAAAGAUACACGUUUCCUGACAAAAUCGCAGAAGAAACUUCCUUCAUUAUUGCUUAGCAUAUUCGAAGGUGAGUGCAAAAUUCCUGUUACUGGUCAGACAACUGUCUAUUUGAAAUUAUGUCCAUCAUUUCAUGGUGUCGAGCCACCGAAAGUUGAGCCUUAUAUGGUGCCGAUGUUUACUCGAGUACCACCUCCUAACACUUUGAAUCAUAUCCCGAAAAUGGAUGUUCUUUCUCAAAAGAUUUGUCCUAAAGUGAAUGGUGUGCGUUGUAUCAAAGAAAUAGCUUUGUUGGUUCAUAUAGAUGUUGAUUUGGUAAUUCGAUGUGUUCGUAAUUUGCAUUUCUAUGGAUGCCUUACAUUAAUACCUCUUUUCAUGUAUGCUAAUACGUAUGUUGCUACGGAGCAGUUGCAUGAUUUUUAUAAAAAUCCUGAUUUGAUUGAAGCGUGCUUAAACUUUGUAAAACCAUUGAACAAUAGAGAAGGAUAUUCAAAUUCAAAACCAAUAUUUUCUGAUGUAUUUCGAUUGUAUGCCAGUUUAAAAACAGGCUUAACAAUGAAAGAUUGGUGCGAAAGGAUGUUUCCCAGACAAUAUAAUGUUGAUGAAAGACGUAUGGUGCAGUUUGGCAUUUGUCAUGGAUUUGUCCGCAAGUUAUGCAUUUAUCCAGUUUCUGUUAAGAAGGAUGAUUCACGCAGAAUAGCGAAAUUAUGUGACGGAACCCGUUCACUAGAAGACCUAGCCGUCAUCUUUUCAAUUUCUCCAGUGAAGCUUUUAGAAGGGAUUCGCAAUGAUGGAAAUUUCGUCUUUAUGUCAAAAUAAUG